GUUUAACAUCAUUGCACUCUCUUGACUUCUCACAUGUGAGAGAGUUGCUGAGCUUGCUGUUAUAACAGCACGCCACAAUGACGAAGGCCGGCAAGGGCAAGGGCAAGGGCAAGGCGAAGGUGGGCGGUGUGGAGGACAACCGCAAGCCCAAGCACAGCCUCGAUGUCAACCGCCCUAGCUCUGGAAAGGGAGGCAUGCGCGAUGCUGCCACGGUCCGUCGCCUCAAGAUGUACAAGCAGCGGCCCGUCCGCGACAAGAAGGGCCGACUGUUGUACCAGGAGCUGCAAUCGAAGGAGCUGCCUACGACCCGCAUCCAGCCCGAUCGCCGAUGGUUCGGCAACACCCGCGUAAUCGGUCAGAAGCAGCUUGAUCAGUUCCGGACCGAAAUGUCCAGCAAGGUCAACGACGCCUACACCGUCUUGCUUCGCGAGAAGAAGCUGCCUCUGCAGCUGCUUGAGGAUCCCGAGAAGAAGCUUGGCGGCAAGCAGGCACGUGCUAGCCUGCUUGCGACACAGCCCUUUUCGGACACCUUCGGCCCCAAGAAGCAGCGCAAGCGGCCCAAGCUGGCUGUUGAGAGCCUGGAGGAUUUGGCGCAGAACGUCGGCGACGUUGUGGAUAGGUAUGAGGAGGGGCAACCAUCCAUCGGUCCGGGCAGUGAGCUUCAAGGGCUCAAAGACUCGUUGCUGGAGCGUGCGUACGAGAAAGGCCAAUCGAAGCGCAUUUGGGGCGAGCUCUAUAAGGUGCUCGACUCCUCGGAUGUCAUCGUCCAGGUCCUGGACGCCCGUGACCCCAACGGCACCCGCUGCACCUUUUUGGAGCAGCACAUCCGCAAACACCUGCGCCACAAACACAUCAUCUUGCUGCUCAACAAGUGCGAUCUGGUGCCUUCCUGGGUCACCAAGCGCUGGCUGCACUACCUGUCUCGGGAGUUCCCCGUGCUCGCCUUCCACGCGUCCAUCACCAACCCCUUUGGCAAGGGAGCGCUGCUGUCGCUGCUGCGUCAGCUCGCUCGCCUCCGCUCGGACAAGCAGGCCAUCUCGGUCGGCUUUGUGGGCUACCCCAACGUGGGCAAGUCCUCUGUGAUCAACACGCUACGAACCAAGAAGGUCUGCAAGGCGGCGCCCAUUCCCGGCGAGACCAAGGUCUGGCAGUACAUCACGCUCAUGAAGCGCAUCUUUUGCAUCGACUGCCCGGGUGUGGUGUACAACCGCACCAACGACACGCCCACGGACCUGGUGCUCAAGGGCGUGGUGCGAGUGGAGAACCUGGAGGACGCCACGCACCACGUGGACCCCGUGCUCAAGAGGGUCAAACCCGAGUACCUGAAACGCGCCUACAAGAUCAAGGAGUGGAAGGACACGGAGGACUUCCUCGCGCAGCUGGCUCGCCUGUCGGGCAAGCUUCUCAAGGGCGGCGAACCCGACCUCAACACCGCGGCCCGCAUGGUCCUGUACGACUGGCAGCGAGGCAAGGUGCCCUUCUUCACCCUGCCGCCGGACCACACCGAUGAGGCGCCGGCCAAGACUGAGGAGGCGGCUGAGGCGGGGGCCGCGGCGCCUGCCGAGGUGGCUGCGGCUGUUGAGGCUGAGCUGCCGGUACCUAGGGAGCUCGUGACGGAGGAGGAUGCUGCGAAGGAGGCGGGAGCGAAACCCGAGGUGGCUGCUGCAGCUGCCCGAGCUGUACGUGAAGUGCUGCUCAGCGCGACGGCGGCACAGGCUCGCUCGGCCAUCCCGGUUAUGCAGGACUACUACAUGCCGGAGGAUGAGCGCCGCGACAGCGAGCCCGUUGACUGCGCCGACCCUGACGCCAUCUCUUCCGGUGAGGGCGAGGAGGAGAGCGACGAUGAGAGCCAAGAACCUGACGAGGACGAGGAGGGCGGCAGCAGUGACGAGGAGGAAGCGUCUAGUGAGCCGGUCGUGUCGGAUGGCGAGGAAGAAGAAGAAGAAGACGCGAGAGCUGCUGCCGGGCCCGCGAAGGCCAAGGGCGGCAAGCGCAAGCGGUCUGCUGCUGCUGAGGAGGAGGACGGUAAUGACAGCGACGGCUACGGUGACGGCGGCCUGUCUUGGGAGGCCGUGCUGGCUUGCAUGCAGGGUGGAGAAGCGGCGCCUGCUGGGUCGAGCAAGGCUUCCAAGAGCAAGAAGGGCAAGAAGGGGAGCGGGAGCCAAGACGGACCCACUGUUGUGGCGACUGGAAAGGGCAAAGCUACCGGCAAGCAAGCCAAGGGCACUGCUAAGCAGCAGUUCAAGACCUUGGAGUAGUGUAAUACCCAUGCACCGGCGCUGCCUGCAUGCCCGGGGCUAUGUUGGCUUGCUGCCCGGUACUUUGUACAAUAUUCUUCGUCGUGGUGUUGACGUUUUGGUUUUGACCUGUGUUGGUGAUCGAAACAUAAUGACAGACCUACCUAGCACGCUGUAUAGCCUAAGUGUGCAUGCAGGCAGGGGAAAUUAACUAAGCAACAUCUGCAUUGUUAUGUUUCGUAUCUUGUGACGAGGGUUGAGAGGUUUAUGAUAUGCAUUUCUAUUCUUUCCAAGCACUGCUCUUUCCUUUUGUCGCCACGCUCACAACGUCAUGUCAUGUUGAUGAGAAUGGUUAAGACCCAUUGGUCGAAGUCGACCUACCCAUACAGCAGACAAUUGCGUCUUGCUGCUGAUGUAACUCCUUUCGAGGUCA